AUGCUUCGUCGCAAUCCCACGCGAAUUGAGCUGAAACCGGAGGAUCGGGAGGAGUAUUUUGAAGCCAGACGACUCGCAGCCGCCGCCGCCGCUGCCGCUGCAGCUAGUGCUCCCGGAACCAGCGGUGUGGGAGGAGGUGCACCUUCGGUGAACCUUCUUGCAGCAGCGCGGUUGGAUUCUGCGUUUCAGGGGAGCCGAGCAUCUGCGACCUGUUACUUCGCCGCGUCAGGGAGCGAGGAGGAGUGGGUUGCUGCAGGUGGUGGUGCGGAGGAGCAAGGGGCCCAGCCGUUUGAUGUGGAGCGGUGUUGGGCCGCACGGUCUUCCCAGUGCGCCGCCUGCUGCCCCUCCGCUCUGCGCUCUCUCACCGACCGACCUCUCACCCCCCUCCACCCCUCUCCACCCUUCCAGACCACCCGGUGCCAUGUAAGCCGCACGGUCUUCCCAGUGCGUCGCCUGCUGCCCCUCCGCUCUGCUCCUGGUGACAGCGCAGGCAUCACCGCAAGGGAUGACGCUCCCGUUAUUUUUAACGAGGUGGAAUAUUCCCCGGACGGACUCGCCGUGCUCAAGCACGACCCGCUGCUGGCGUCCCACGAGCCCCACCUGCGCUACCGCUACGCCCAGUUCCUCAAGCUCAAGAGGGCACUGGAGCAGCAUGAGGGAGGGUUGGAACAGUUUUCCCGAGGGUAUGAGACGAUGGGCUUCACGCGGGAAAAGGACGCCAUAGUCUACCGCGAGUGGGCUCCUGCGGCCACUGCGGCCCAGCUAGUGGGUGACUUUAACGGGUGGAAUGGCGAGUCGUGCUGGAUGGAGCGCAACCACUUCGGCGUGUGGUCCGUGCGGCUACCAGACAGAGACGGCCGCCCGGCAAUCGCGCACGGAUCGCGCGUGAAGAUCCGGCUGCAGAAGGGGGACGGCGGAUGGGUGGAGCGAAUCCCGGCUUGGAUCAAAUGGGCUACAGCUGAGCCGGGGAAGAUGGGGGCGUGCUACGAUGGCAUCUACUGGGACCCUCCGGCUAAGGAAAAGUACCAGUUCAAGUGCCCGCGCCCACCCAAGCCUGACGCCCCGCGCAUUUACGAGGCCCACGUGGGGAUGAGUUCGGAGGAGCCUCGAGUGGCCUCCUACGUGCAUUUCGCCAACUCUGUACUCCCACGCAUCAAGGCCGCCGGCUACAACACCAUCCAGCUCAUGGCCGUCGCCGAGCACUCCUACUACGCAUCCUUCGGUUACCACGUUACCAACUUCUUCGCCGUCAGCUCCCGAUCCGGCACCCCGGAAGAUCUCAAGUAUCUGGUGGACACGGCGCAUUCCCUCGGGAUUCGUGUGCUCAUGGAUUUGAUUCACUCCCAUGCGAGCAACAACGUUUCCGACGGGCUCAACGGGUUUGAUUUCGGGCAGUCGGCGGCCGAUUCGUACUUCCACACGGGCGAGCGGGGGUAUCACAAGCUGUGGGACAGCCGGUGCUUUAAUUACUCCAACUGGGAGGUGCUGCGGUUUCUGCUCUCCAACCUCCGGUAUUGGCUUGAGGAGUUUCAGUUCGACGGGUUUCGCUUUGACGGGGUGACGUCUAUGCUGUACCACCACCGGGGGAUCGGAAUGUCGUUUUCUGGAGAGUAUCACGAGUAUUUCUCGACGUCUACGGAUGUUGAUGCGGUGGUGUAUCUCAUGCUGGCAAAUGAUUUGAUUCACGGGGUGCGGCCUGAUGCGACGACGAUCGCGGAGGAUGUGUCGGGGAUGCCGACGCUGGGCCUGCCGGUGCCGAUUGGAGGGGUGGGGUUUGAUUACCGGCUUGCCAUGGCGAUUCCUGACCGUUGGAUCGAGUAUUUGAAGGAUCGGAGGGACGAGGAGUGGAGCAUGCGGGAGAUUGUUCACACGCUGACGAAUCGGAGAUAUACGGAGAAAUGUGUUGCCUAUGCGGAGAGCCAUGACCAGUCCAUGGUAGGAGACAAGUCGUUCGCCUUUCUCUUAAUGGAUUCAGACAUGUAUUUCCACAUGUCUGUGCUUGAGAAGCCCACUCCUGCUGUCGAGAGAGGCAUUGCUUUGCACAAGAUGAUUCAUUUCAUCACCAUGGCGCUGGGAGGCGAUGGCUACCUCAACUUCAUGGGCAAUGAGUUUGGGCAUCCCGAGUGGCUUGACUUCCCCAGGGAGGGCAACAACUGGAGCUACGACCGCUGCCGGCGGAUGUGGCACCUCCGAGACGACAAGCUGCUGCGCUACCAGCACAUGAAUCGGUUUGACCAGGCAAUGAACGCUCUGGAUGAGAAGCAUCACUUCCUUGCUGCCGACCAUCAGAUCGUGUCCAGUGCAGACGAGAAGGACCGGGUGAUUGUGUUUGAGAGGGGCGAUCUCCUAUUCGUCUUCAACUUCCAUCCCACCAAAACCUACGAGGGCUACAAGGUGGGGUGCAAGGAGCCGGGCAAGUGGCGAGUGGUUCUGGACAGUGACGCCAUUGAAUUCGGGGGCCAGGGGCGGGUGAGUAAAGUGGGUAGAGGAGCGGCGGAGUGA